UUGGAAGUUACCAAGUAGAGGACAUUCAAGCCAGUUACUCCAGUUAAUUGAGGCAAUUCCUGAUGGGUGGUUCCCAGGGGAAGGGUCCACUCCUUCAGCUAGAGCAGGAGCUUCCCCGUGGUCUGGCCUGACCCCAGGAAUAAAGGUGUUGGCCAUUUGUGUUCAUUCUCAGGGUUCAGAGAUGGGCAGUGAGAAGGAGCACAGUCUGGAAGCACCGCUACCUGAUGAAGGGGAAGGGGGGAAGCCUUGGCAAGUGGAUGACUCAGAGGGGUCUCGGAUCCCACCUGGGGAGGAGAGCCUGUCAGAGGGGCCACAAGGAACCCAUCCCCAAAUGCAGUGGCAGAAAGCUCCUGCCCCAGCUGGGGAGCCAGGGGGCAUUGCUCAUCCAAGGCCCGAGGUCAACGAGAAGCCGUUUAUCUGCACCCAGUGUGGCAAAACCUUCAACAACACCUCCAACCUAAGGAUGCACCUGCGGAUCCACACCGGCGAGAAGCCUUACAAGUGUUCUGAAUGCGGCAAGAGCUUCUCCAGGAGCUCCAACCGCAUCCGGCAUGAGCGGAUACACCUGGAAGAGAAGCACUACCAAUGCUCCAAGUGUCAGGAGAGCUUUCGACGGCGUUCAGACCUCACCACACACCAGCAGGACCACCUGGGCAAGCGGCCCUACCGCUGUGACAUGUGUGGCAAGAGCUUCAGCCAGAGCGCCACACUGGCCGUGCACCAACGGACCCACCUGGAGCCUGCGCCCUACAUCUGCUGCGAGUGUGGCAAGAGCUUCAGCAACAGCUCCAGCUUUGGCGUGCACCAUCGCACACACACGGGCGAGAGGCCUUAUGAGUGUACCGAGUGUGGGCGGACCUUCAGUGACAUCUCCAACUUUGGGGCACACCAGAGGACCCACCGAGGGGAGAAGCCCUACCGGUGCACCCUGUGCGGCAAACACUUCUCCCGAAGCUCAAACCUCAUCCGUCACCAGAGGACACAUGGGGACGAGCAGGCUGGGAAGGAUUCCAGCUGAAAGAAACAGAGAAACCCCAGCCUAGUGGAGGAAGUAGGUCUUUAGGAUGUGCUGCUGCCACUUGACCUCGAGCCCUUGAUCCUACCUUGGUGGAUGGUGUCCUCUCUCUGAAACCAGGGUCUCCAGGAAGGCAUUCAGAGGGGGCUCUGAAAUCGAAACCCUUGCCCUUUUACAGGUAGUUUCUUGCUCUGUAGAGUCAGGGGUCCCAGUGUUGGUUUCCACUCUGCAAGUGGGCAAGAAAUAGGGCAGUCUCGGAGCAUGCUCAUGUUGUUAGGGCAGUAGUUCCCCUGCCGCCCAGGACAGACCUGUGAGUCGGGGGUCACUUGUCUAUGAACUGUCUAACGUGCACCAUAGUGGCCUGCUAGCUCCCGCCUGUGGUCCCCAGUGUUGCUUCCAGAGUUGUGAGCUGGGAGGAGCAGCCUUCCCAGGGGAAGGGAUCUCCUUGGUCAGGAGGAAAGGUUUGCGGGCCUGCCUUAGGCAUGCGAGGGAAGCCCUCAGGGAGCUGUGGCCCAGGAGCCGCCACAUACUGCCUUCAUAUCCCCAUGUGUGUUACCCGUUAUCCUUCCCCAACCUGCAUCUGUGUCCUCAGAGUGAUUAGUAGUAAAAUCUUUCAAUGAAGAGGACCCGUGUACUUAUUUUGGGGAAGUGGGUAGCUGGGGAGAUGGUUCCAGCGCCUUCGUUCUGGAAGGGAGUUGAAGUCUCAGCUGGAUGACUGCUUUGAAAGCCAAGAAACUGGCGCCUCUGAGAAGAAGGGGACAAAGAAAGGAACCAGCAUUGAUCAAGUAUACGCCAUGUGCUCUUGAUUCUACACAUUGAUUCUGCAUCUCUCCUUUACCUAUCUGGUGUCCUCUGUUCUCAUAAGAAGACAGAGUUGCUUGUGGCAUCUUCCAGCAGGUGUGUGGUGGAGCCAGGGUUCACACCUGUGCUGCCCUGACUCCCAGCUGGUGCUUUUGUCAUUUCAUUCUCCGGGCGGCUUCGGAAGGAGGAGAUACUUGAGAGUCUGGUCUGGAGCUGGGAGCCAUCACACAUCAGGCCUGCUUCCUGUCCCCUGUGCAUGGUGGGGUAGAAUGUUCUACAUGGAAGUUCAGUGCUCACUCAUUUUUCUUUUACCAAAUACUUAAGACCCAUCUCUACCUCUGUCAUCAGACUGGAGCCCUGAGCUUCAUUUGUAGAUAGUCGGCCGAGUGUGAGUCAGACACCAGGCUUGAAGCUGCCCCAGUCACUGUCAGACAUGUCAGAUGGGAUCCUGCCUCUUGCCUGGGGAAGGGACAUGCCUUUAUGUGAGCUUUACAUUUCAUCAUCUUAAUGAAUUCUCACCACAAUCCUGUAUGCCUGUGACCUAACAGGGAACCAGGCUGGUGGAAGGAGGCGACAGGCGCAGCCAGGAACUGAACCUGCUGUGCCCAAAUCCAAAACCUCUGUUUUCUCGGACUACGAAAGAAGUCUUUGCAAAUGAUUCUCUAGGGUUGGAUUCUUCUGUAGGGCACUUUGUGCUUCUCACAUAUGUUCUUGCUCCUUGAGAACCCAGUGUUUUAGGUAGGCAUCCCCCUGAAGUUGCACCUGUAAACUGGCACACAGCUAAAUGUAAAAAUCACCAUUUAUGGAAUGCCUAUUAAGGGCCAGCUGUUGGCAGUUGUGUUAUUCCUAUGCUUCAAGAUGUUCCCGUUUUCAAGAGUAAAAAAGCAGGGUAAAUGACAUGACCUGUCGGCAUAGCCAAGAUUUACAUUAAGAUGUGUCUGAUCCCAUUAUAUCCACUGUCAAACUUGGUGUGAAGAUCCUUGUAGCCCUUGAAUUGCUGUCAGGCUGAAAGCCAGUGUUCCAGGCACCUGCUCUGGCCUUUGGGACAGGAACCCGUGAGCAAUCUCCUCUGUUCUUUCCCAACCCUGUUCCUAGACUUCCUAGACUAGGGUUUCUGAAUUAGUCCAUGCUUUUGUCUCCUGGCUAGUUCACUUAUUUGAGAUGUUGGGGUGGGAUGAGUAUUGAAUUUUGU